GGAGAUGUGGCUCCAGCCGCCUCUCCCUCCCCUCCUUUCCUCUGCGCCUCCCCAUAGGCCGAGGUGGAGCCCUACCAUGGCUUCCUGCUGCGCAGAACCUUCCGCACCGCGCUGCGGGCGCUGCCCUCGCGCGCGGAGAUGCUCGGCAACAUGGCGAUGGCUCCGCCGCCCGACAGCGCGGCCCGAUGGCCGGCGUGGGAGGCGUCUGUCGCGGCCGGCGCUUCCCUCACGCCCGACGAGCGGAUGACGGCGUGCCACGCCGAGCUGCGCGAGUGCUCCGAGCACACCAAGCGCAUCACCGACCUCGUCCAAGCCCAGCUCGACGAGCUCGGUUUGAGAGACGACCGAAGGCUGUGACAGUGUGAGGCGUUUGGCGACUCCGUGGGCUCCCCGCGGCCGUACCGGCUGGGUCGUGGUUCUCGGUGGAGACAGUGUGUUCUGUAGCUCCAGCGGCGUGCGCACGCGCGCUGCGCGGGCGACGGCGGACGGGCCGACGGCCGACGCUCAACGCGCCAUCUCUAGUAUCUCUAGAUCUCACACCGUAAAGCCGUGGUAC